AUGACUUCAUCAACCUUUUCUUCUUUGUUUAAGAUUUUUACUUUUACGUUACCUUUAUGGUUUCGGUUUGGGACUACUUCGGGUCAGCUAUCACCCUCGUUCUAUUCUUUAACGUGUCCUAUGGUCACUCCUAUUGUGACAGCAGAGGUGACUUCAGCUAUUUUACAGGAAUCUCGCAUGGGAGCUUCGUUGCUUCGCCUCCAUUUCCUUGAUUGCUUUGUAAAUGGAUGUGACGCAUCUGUGUUACUGGACGACACUGAAGACUUUACGGGGGAAAAGUCGGCGAGUCAAAUUAGCAAUUCAGCGAGAGGAUUCGACGUGAUUGAUACUAUUAAAACCCAGUUGGAGCUCCAGUGCCCUGGUGUCGUUUCUUGUGCAGAUAUAUUAUCUGCUGCUGCUCAAGCUUCCGUUGUGGCUCUUGGUGGGCCAAGCUGGAGUGUUACAUUUGGAAGAAGGGAUUCCACAACAGCAAGCCUAAGUGCAGCAAAUUCCGACAUCCCUUUACCUACUUCAAGUCUUAGCGAUCUCAUCUCAUCCUUUGCAUCAAAAGGAUUUACUACUAACGAAAUGGUAGCUCUCUCUGGAGCUCAUACAACUGGUGAAGCUAGGUGCACCAAUUUCCGUGAUCAUCUCUACAACGAAAACAACAUAGAUCCAUCAUUUGCGACAUCAUUGAAAGCAAAUUGUCCUUCGAGUGGAGAUGACAAUAAUCUCUCUCCACUAGAUGCUUCAUCGAAGAUUUUCGAUAAUAGAUACUAUAAUGAUUUGAUUAACCAGAACGGAUUAUUGCAUUCGGACCAAGAACUAUUUAAUGGGGGUUCAACUGACGCACAAGUGAGGACCUACGGGUCGAAUCCUUCUAUUUUCUUUCGUGACUUUGCAAGUGCUAUGUUGAAGAUGGGCAAUGUUGGCGCUAUAACUGGACAGAAUGGAGAAAUUAGGGUCAACUGCAGAAGAGCCAAUUAACCUCUUUUCUUAGACAGCAGGAAAACGUCUCUCAACCUGUGUGGGAAACUGAUAUGCAAUGAAAAAAACAACAACAACAACCGUUUUGUUUUGUUUUUUUUUUAUUUCAUGUUGUUUCGUUAUUGUUUCUUGAUGCCUUACAAAAGGUGAGCUUGUAAAUCAGGAAGACUAUGCUGUCACAAGUCAAUAAAUUCCUUAAAAACUUUUUAACUUCAAUGAAAUCUCAAACAUAUAUGAAACACCCUAUGGAGUAGACUCUAGCAUUUUGGUGUGAGUGAUAAAAGAAUCGGAAAUUAAUUAGUCUAUCCCGUAUAAAUUAGAUUGUGGGAAGUGGUCAUAGCCAAAUCAUCAGCCAACUCAGCGCCACGUAGAUAUUUUACCAUGCCACUAACAACCCACUAGGUUGUGGAAAUAAUGUUUACGGGUGGGUUGGUAGUAAAGGGACAAGAAUGAGGAGAGAGAAUGAGAGAAAUAUAAGAGAAAAAUGAAAUAAACAAUCAAAAUGUGUGUCUUCCUCCCUCUUCACAACCGCUACAAGUCAUUACACAGUCAAACCACCGGUCCAUGGAAUAGCGUUCACCGGUGAGUUAGUGUGCCACAUAGAAAACUUAUGUAUGGGUUAAUGCCUACUCCGGGUAGCCUA